UGUACAUUUUUUUCAUCACACAGAGGAAUAUUACCAUUGCCUAAAGGAGUACUUGACAUGUUUAAAGAAGGUAAACUGAAACAUUCUUAAUGCUCACCAACUACCAGGCACUUCAGGCGAUAUUGUCACAGAUAGUAGCCUGUUAAUUAAGUCAUAACAUGAUUUUUAUAAUAACUAUAAUCUUGAUAGCUAGGGUUUGUUAAGUUAUGGAGGGGGAGGGUGAUGUUUGGUCUAGAUAUACUUCAUUACUGUCUUUGUAGUGUAAUGAUACCUAGUUGAGCAUGACUCUUGAAAUUUGGUAAGUUAUAGUUUAGAGCAGAGUUUUAGUCAGGAAAUUAUAAGUUUGCGUCCAGUUAGAGUAAUGUUUGAGCAUACAUGCCAUUUGUUUAAUAUCAUAUUAUGUCUUGGUUCUUAGUUAGUCCUGCAGGGUCCAUAUAGUCAAUGUACAUUCCACAUGUUUUUAACGUGAGUGUUGAUAGUGUUGAGAAGAAACUGUGGUUUGUUGUUUUAUAUCAUAGAUACAGAACCAGAAGAUGAUCCAUGUAAACAUGAUGGACGAAUAAGAUCCUUUUCACACUUCCCUGGUAACUGGGCUAUGCAUGUUUAUAUCCCAUGUGAGUGUCACUGUUCCAGUCGUUUUUAAUACAAUUUUUGUUGAUGCAUUUCAUUUGUUUUGUGUGGACUACUGCAUACCACUUUUCAUAAUGUCGAAUAACUGGUGCUGGUAUUGACAUGAUUUGCAUGGUGCAGGACACAUCUUGAGUCAACCUAUAGGAAAGUGACAUAAGUUUUUAUUUGUAGCGAUUAUAAAUGCCAUAAAGCAGAGUUUGAACUAGAAGUGCAUUUGCAAUUGCUUGUUGGUAGCCUGAAUUAUCUUCACUGCCUGACUGUUUUCCACAGUUAUUUUUAGCAGUAAAAAAAAUGCAAGAGUAAGUGUAGAGGACAAGAUGGAUUUGUGGUUACUAUUUUGACCCUUUACACUUUCACUUAUAAUAAACUGGUAAUUAAGUAGAACCCCCCAAAAUCCCGUAGUUUGAGUAUGCCCUUUAAAAAUUUUGGUUUUUGGAAUCCCUGUGACACUCACAUUAAAGCCCAUUUUUUCUACCAACAUAGAAUGGAUUCUUUAGUCUUUUGCACUUUUUUCAAUAAUUAGUGAUGCAAUUAAGUAAAAAGUACAGGAUUCAGACUCCCCUUUUAUGCCUCAAGAAUGGUAUUCUCUUUUUUCAUUUGAUGUCACCAAAAUUCACACUUCGGGAAUUAUUGAUUCUUUGGAUUUUCUACUUUCAUAAGGUAUAUAUUACAGCUGCUAAACACCUUUAUUCAUACAAAUUUUUGGUUCAAAAGUAUGUUUGAUGCUUGGAAAGCUCUUAUGUGGGUUAAAAACAUUGCUGAUUUUUGGAGAUUUUGGUAUCUAAACAUUCCUUGUCUUAGAAGAAAUAUUACUUACGGUAGUUGUGAUUUCCUCAAGUGAAGCAAUAAAUUCACACAUAUAACAGAUUGUUUCUACUGGUUUCUGGCGGCCAUGUUUGUGCCCCUCAAAGGGAUACCAAACAUUUAAAAAACACUAUUUUUUCCAAAUUUCUUGCAUAUUAAAUUUUGCCCAGACAUGAUUCUUGGCAAGGCUUUUUGUAUAUUCAUCUUCUUUCAUUUCCCACAUUCUGGACUUUCUCUAUAUGGUUUCCAUUUUUGUUUUUGAUGAUGUGACAGUCAAAACAAAGAAUUCAUACAAUUGUAAUGUAACUACCAUUAUUUUGCUUUAAAUGAGGACCUUAUUUUGAAAUAUUGAUAUUUUGCAUGCAUGCAUUACUUCUGCAGUCAAAGCCAAUGUACAUUUUGAGAGUCUUGUGGCAUCAUUGGUUGAUAACCUGUCAAUCACCAUGUCAUGUGAUGUGCACAUGUUUCCCUGUGAUGAGUUACACAUGAGUGUGUCCAGGACAGUUGCCAUCCGACAUUACUGGAUAGAACCAAUCACAGAGCAGCUUAGAAAUGGACUUAGCAGUCUCAAAAGGUAACUCUUAUAAUUUCUUUUUUUUCAAGUUACUGCCUAAAUCUGAAUGAUUAUUUUAAUAAGUACUAAAUCCAAGAUGAUGGCCAUUUUGAAUAUGUUAUAGUUCCCAACUGCUAAAACAACCGGGCCAUGAUUGUUGCAGUUUUGUUUACACCUUGCCUUGUUGCUAAGCAACUGCAGACGUCCAAACGGAUAUGCCAGUUCCAAGUUCCCCCGGGCCUCUGUAUCAAAACGAGGUUGAUGCUCAGCCUUUGAUAUGGAAAUGAUUUUUCAUUCUCAUGCAAAUAAAACUCACUUUCACAAGAAAGAUUGUGGACUUGGCCUCAUUUUGAAAGUGAGGGUUUUUGGAACUCGGAAGUGGCCUAUUAAAAGGGAGAAAUUUAGAUGGCCAAAGCAAGAUCACACCUCACUUAGCAGUUCUCGUGGGAUUCACGCGCAUUGCGAAUUCCAACAAAAUUAUAAACCUUACUUCACUUUGCAAUAUGAAUAGCUAUACUUUUAUUCAUAAGAUAAUUAAAAGCUCUGGAGUAUCACUGAUUGUGUAUACUGUACAUGUUUCAGCUUUGUAUCUGUCCUUCAGUGUCCCGGACUGUACACUAAUGAUGAGAAAACAAGGUACUGAUCUGUAGCUGUGUCAUCUAAUAUUUGGUGAUUAAUCAUGGGUGACGUGUACGUAAUAAAGUUCUACAUGUACAAGUGGCAUCUGGAAGAUGACAGAUGAGCUUAGUAGAAAAUCUUAUUAUUAUUAUUAUUAUAUUUUUACAACAGUAAUAGCAUAUUAUAUUAUAUAUAAUAUGCUAGAAUGUAAUAUAAGGACACUUUGUGGAAAUUUUAGCAACAACUGCAGUUGUGAAAAACCAGCUUUUUCUUCAAAGUUUUUCUGUUGGCUGAAAGCGGGAAGAUCAGCCUAUCAGAAUGCAAGGCUUGUAGAAUUUUCACUGAAACUUUUUUUUAAAUCUUUUUAUCACUAAUGUUCCUUGUAAGUUGGUAAACGUUAAAGCUAAACCUUUCUUUUCUGAGUGAUUUUUGCAAAUCUGCAUCUUUUAGUGCAGCCGGGAGUUUUUCUUUGUACCAGGGGUAAGGCGUGGGAUGAGCCAAAUUAUAAGACAAUCACUCUGUGCUCACGAAAGCUCGUUCCCUUUUUGAUGUUAAUGAACCAGGUUUGCUAGUACUUUGGAUAUUUUUCUUACACCAAACUUUUGUAAACUUUACUUGCAUUACUCUACAUUUUCAGAUCAUUUGUUGCCCUUAAAAUCAUGACAGAAAGUAAAAAGGUGAGCCAGUGUGCUGUGUGUGCGACAAACUGUCAGGAAUGCGAGCCAGGAAUGAUUGUCACAAGUGUUUGUGUUGUUGCAUUCGUGCCUUCUCACAAACCCCGCCCCAUUUAACAUGUGAAGUUUUGAGGUUACCGGAUACCUUCAUGGGUGUGUCAUAAAAACCUAUGUCAAGUAAGAGCUUAUUGAACCAGCUGUCUUAAUAAACUCAUAAUUCUUUGAAAACUUCCAUGGUCGAUAUUUUUAUCCUUUUCUAAUGCGAACUUCCAAAGCAGCUUUUCAACAAUUCAACUAUAAGAAAAUUUGCUAAAAUGGGACAAAUUUGGCGAGCUAGAGUCAUUGCGAUAAAGUUUGAAGAGUGUGAAAACACUUCAGACCCUUCACUUGUUUACCCCUGUUGUACUAUAUUUGAUUUACUUCAUAGUAUAUGUAUUGUGCAAUACGAUCUGUUAUAGACUACAUUCUCCUUAGUAAGCAAUCAUAUUGGUUUUCAGUUUCAGGACAUCGUUAAUGUAGUAGACAAGGUCUUUCAGCAAUUUUCUGUCCCAUCUUUCUACAAGGUAAGGAAGAAAUAAACUUAUUUAAACAGAAAUGCUUCAAGUAAACCCACACAGUUGAUGUUUAUAACCGAUAUGCACUACCAAGAGAAAAAGUCGCUUAUUGAUAUGGUUAAUUUUUCGAUAGAAUGAAGUGAUGAGUAUAUCAAUCUCAUUUAAUAAAAGUUCAAUACACACUUUGCAACUGUACAGUGAGAAUUUGCGUGUUAUUUUCGUAACAUAGCUCCACUAUUCGUUUCAGUCUCAGUAAAUACUGUUACAUGAUUUCCUCAUCAAUUGUGAAGUACGCCAAUCUCUACUCCACGUUUGGCGGAUAACUGCGAAAAAAAAGAACAGAAAAUGUUGGUACGUAAGUACUUUACAAUUUGUAUUGUUUAUUUGUUUGAAGGAUCCUUCAUUCCAUGUGAGCGUUGCUUGGCUUCUUGGUGAUAUUUGUUCUACUGAGAGGGACAAACUUCAAACUCAGCUUCAGGUAAAACCUUCUUAAAACAAUGCGUGUCUCACUAUCGUUAUCAUUAGGUUAAUUUAAAAAAUAAGGUCUGUCUUAAUUAAUAUACCUUACCUUCCUCUUUUUAAUCUGUCGUGUAUAAGGCUUUGACAAACCCCUUCCAUGAAGUGUGUCUUCAAGUUUCCAUAAUAAAAAAGAUUUUACGGGGAGGAGUUAUUAUCCCCUCUCACAACUCCCGACGGAUGAAAACAUGCUGUAUUUGUUGGCCUUUCCCCUGGAACCUGCUCUGCAGUAUGGUUGAACCUGCCAGGAGCAUUUAGCUUCAACUGCUAUAGCCACCAGGCUCAUCAAGGCACGCUACAGUUCAGCUAAGGCCAUGUCUAUACUUUAUCGGAUAGCUUUUUAUACCGACAUAAAAUGCUCUCCGGUACAGUAUGAGCGCCAACGGAACAAAACUGGAACAAGUUGGUCACACACAUCGAACAUCGAGCCGGAGCGGGUGGCCGUACAAUCAAAAGAUAAGGCACCUCCUCAAAAUCUAGUUAACCCUACGAUUCUUCAGUCAUUUUCUUUAACUCUAUUAGGAAACCUGUCCAAUAAUACAGGCCUUUUUUCAGUCCCAAAUGUGUCUGUGUGAGAGAAUUGACUGUAGUUUGUGUGACACCACACAUUUGCCUCUGUAAAUGCCACUCAGUCUUUAAUUUAUUCUACUUGCAAUCAAAUUAAGACGCCUUGGUUGUUAUGUGCAAACAGAGCCCCUAUCCGGUGUGGUAAGAACUAUCCGCUUAAGUGUGAAGACAUAGCCUUAAGCUAAGCCCCUUCUGGCUAUGGUAGACUACACCCAAUGAACAGACUUGACUUCGCAAACAAAUGCAUUUGGUAUUUUGGCUUAAUUCAACAUUUUUACAUUGCUCAUAUCUUAUCUUGUUCACCCGCCAAUUUUUUGAAUAUCAAUGUUUCCAUUGUCUCCCGAGUAUUAAAGAUGUCGCAAGAGAAACUAAAGAAAAUUCAUGAAAAAAAAAAUGAAAAAGAAAAAUGUAGGAGGGGGGUGAGGUAACAGGUGCUGGGGGGCGAAAAAGGCGCAUUAAAAUGGUGGAUGGUUGAAAAGAAAAGCUUCUUUGCUGGGUUAAAAUCUGUUUCAUAAGUUCCACGCUAGUUUUUGGUUCUCGUGUUGAUCCCUGUCGAUGUAAUUUCAAUUCUUCGGCUUCCUAUACUUCUGUCUUUUCAGUAUCAAUUAACGAGCAGUCUAACUAAGUCCAAAAAAACUGGGUCUUGGGCGAAUUCCUCUGGAAGGAGGUAGGACAGUAUAGUUUCAAUUGUAAUCGCACCAAUCAGUUAUAUUUGAACUGUACUCGAUUUGAACACUGAUUCAGGAUAUCAUAAUUAUCUUACGUAACCAGAAGAAUCCGUUAACCUCCCACUAAUCCCUCAAUUCUCGACAAUACUUAUUAACCCCCGCCUCCCUCCCAACCUAGUGUUCUCAUAAGUACAAGCAAAACCUGGUUUCUAUACAUCGCUACCCUGCUAAAGAUACGUAGAUGUAGUACAUAAUCCCAAAAAAGUGAUGAAGUGCACUUUCUGGGUUUGUUACCUCGGGUAAUAUUGGCCUCUUUUACCUUUGUAGAUUACGAAUACCGGUCACACCCCAUGCCCAGUGACCAAACGCAAUGGCACAUUGCUGCAUUGCACACAAAUAGAUAGCUGUUUCUCUCUGAAAAAGGAGAUAAGCCGCACUCCAGUAGAUCCCAUUGCCUGAUAAUACAUCUUAUUAUUCAUUCAAAAUAUUUCGCCGUUUCUGAUUGGCUCAAAUCGCGCAGCUAGUUCUUUAUAGCCAACCGCCGCUGACCAAAUUUGGAAGAUGCGAGCAAUAUACCAUCGAUUCGAUGGUGUAUUCGAUUGAAAACACGGUUGAUCGAUAAUUAUAUAUAUAUUGCCCUGGGAACGAGGCUGCUUAUUGGGCAAGAGAACAUUGUUUAACCUCGUUUCUAGGCGCGGCCCUCCAAGCUGUUUUUUCAUGGGGGAACUUAAAAAGUGGACCUAUGGCUAUCCGAAGACGAAAUAGCUGAAUUUCUGACCAAAACUGAACUGAAAAAAUGAAAGAAUACGCAAAACAACUUUCUCGAUGGAUCUUAUCUACUUUUUGAGGAGUACCCGUAAGACAAAAACAUCUCUCUAUCUCCAAAAACCGUGCCGAGAAAUAGGCCAAAGUUUCGAAGAAAUUCAACGAGGAGGUAAGCUUGUUAAGAUGGUAGAAACAUUUUGAAUGAAUAUUAAAACUAUUAUUGAAUUCUGCUUUUAUAUGAUGUAGAGAUCUCGGACGAUAUCGUCCUGAUGUUAUCUUCGAUCUGUAUAAUUCUUCACAUCACACUCCCCAUUCAAUACUUGCUAAAUAAAUAACAAUUAUUCACCUCAGUGUCGGUGGCUAGUAUUGGUUAUUUACCAAGGCCGCGAAGCGGCGAAGUAAAUAUCCAAUACUAGCCACCGACACUGAGGUGAAUAAUUGUUUUAGUAUAUACUAAAACAGUGAGAUAAUUGAACACAAAAUGAUGAUUUUUAACUCAUUUACUGUUGCCAACGAUUACAAUUUUGGCGCGCGAUGACCGAACGGCCGCGGUCGUCGCUUUUUCUUAGCGACAAAUAAAACUUUUGAAGGCGUUUGUUUAGCUCUUGCGGUGAAGUUUCUUCAAAAGGAGUUGUGAAUUCGGUUUGUAUUUAAAAUAAUUCUGUAAAAAAGAUUAUUAAAUUUAGUUUUAAGCUUAUUUAUGAACAAGUCAACUAAAUAAAGUAACGCAAGACUUAAGCUUAAUUUGCAUUUGUAAACAAAAAACUUUUUCACCGGUUUUAUCGAUAAUUAUUCAAGUCAAAAAGACAAAGCUUUACCUGUUAAAACUUCCAAACCGAACUUCGUCACCUUUUUCAUGUAUUUCGGAAAUAGCUUGCUUGAUUAGUUGUGGAAUUUCUUAGUUUGUUACGGCAGCAAACCGGGAAAGCAUUUUGCUCACAACCUACACGAGUUUGGCGUCCCUCGCUCGGAGGAACUGGAGGUGAAUCAGUGAAUAGUUAACAAUUAUUCUUUGAAAUCGAGGUGAAUAGUGGCAAAAUAUUUACCGAGCCACGAAGUGGCGAGGUAAAUAUUGCUAAAGCCACUAUUCACCGAGAUUGAGAAGAAUAAUUGUUUUAGUGUAUACACACGAAGUGAUCUCAACAAAAUCAGAGAGGAAACCAUUAAAACGUACGAUACGAUUGAGAGAUCAGGUCAGCUAGACACGCGUAGUUUAAAAAUAGAUCUUUGUAGAAUUUUCAAAUAUGGCAGUUCAUAAGCUUAUCACUUCGCAAACAACAGCGUAAUUACUUAAAUGGAACCGCUAAAAGUUUGAAUUGUUUUCUUACCUGAGAAGAAAAGAAGAGCUUUGUUGUUUUCUGUUGACUCGCCAAGUUUAUAGCCGAAAAGUUUGUUGUGUCGUUCUUCGCAUGAAGCGCUGACAAAAAUGGCGACUCGGUUCCUCGAGGUAAGACGUCGUCUUCAUGUAGCAUUCUUUCUCAUGCUUACUUGAAACGUAGAAUUUCUGCAAACAUUUGCUUUCAAAUUUGUUUGUCAUAAAUAAACUUCGUUUUGGGGCCAAAUUUUUCUUGUUAGGAAACGCUGAGUUCACGAAACGGCCUCUUCUAGGCGAAUAAACGGGAGUUGUAAACAAUCCAUCGACCUCAAAACUCAACAACAGUAAAUGGAAAAACGCCGUUUUGAAUCCUUCGAAGUCUUUUCUUGCCUGAAAAAAAGUCAACCCUAGGAUUUUGUCGACUUUUAAAAGAUCUUUCUCUAAGAAAAUAGGAAAAAAAACGAGCUCACACAUUAUCCACUCGCUAGGAGGUGAAUAUUGUUGAAUAGUCCGAGAUAGCGAACCAAUCAGAUUGCUUAAAUCACCAAGAUCACUGAGUGUGUAUAUACUAAUGCAGGAUAUUCACGGACUGAGUAGCCAAUCAGAGCGCGCGAAAAACACUAUCCACUGUUUUAGUAUAUACUAAAGAGAUUUAGCCGGGCUUCCAAAGACUUCCCUCCCCCUCCCGCAGAGUCUGUACGGGUGUUUUAGCGCUUGCACGGUCACAUGACUAUCAAAGGAAAAAGGUUGUCCGUGUUGUCUAAUAUCCUACUACGCUCGCGCGCGAGCGUGGAGCUCCGCUAUGAAUCAUUUUACCGAAUCUAUUUUAAUGGUUAACUUGGUUUCGGUUGCAGGGUGUUUUCGAUGCGCAAGUCUGCGAGAAAGAAAUUGGUAGAUCGUUGGUAUUGGAAGUGAGAGAAGUGCAUUGCAAAAUUGGCAAUAAACGUUUUGUCUUUCAGUUGCAUAACACGUAA